CUUCUUUGCUUGUUGAAUCUACCAAGUCGAUCAAAAACUGUGAAAAGAAAAAGGACGGCAAAAUAUACGAAAGUAGGAAAGUGAAAACCCAAGCAAACCCUAAUUUCUUCAGUCGCCCGGGAUUUUUGAGUUGUUGAGUGAAAGGUAAGGUGAUAUCACAGGCUUCAAGAUGGUGGCAGGAGCGGAUUUGAUCCACCAGAACAUACCAUUUUUGGAUGUUCAGUAUCUGUGUAUUUCCAAGAGCAUGGAUGAGAUCGGCGACUUGUCGGCCACUACGGUAGUGAUUCCGCCGGUAUCAUCGGCUGGCGCGGCCUCAGAGCUGGAUCUUAUAACCUUGGAUGCUGCUCCAGAUUUUUCAGAAGAAUCAGCACUUAUUCAAUUUAUUCCUAGCAUCCGAUCAGGAAGCUUUGCGGAUAUUGGACCACGCAGAUACAUGGAGGAUGAGCAUAUACGAAUUGAUGAUCUAUCAGGCUAUCUGGGCUCUUUGCUUAGUUGCCCUGCACCUAGUGCCUUCUACGGGGUUUUUGAUGGUCAUGGUGGCCCUGAUGCAGCAGCAUAUAUGAAAAGACAUGCAAUUAGGUUCUUUUUUGAAGAUGCUGAGUUUCCACGUGCAUCAAAAGCUGAUUCAAUCUUCCUAGAAUCUGUAGAGAACUCGGUUCGGAAGGCAUUCCUUCAAGCUGACCUUGCUUUGGCUGAUGACUGCACUGUUAGCACUUCUUCUGGAACCACUGCACUCACAGCAUUAGUUUUUGGAAGCAUCCUGUUGGUAGCCAAUGCUGGGGACUGCCGAGCUGUUUUAUGUCGAAAGGGUGAAGCUUUGGAGAUGUCACAGGACCAUAGGCCUAUCUAUGCGGUGGAGUGCAGAAGGGUUGAGGAAGCUGGAGGUUACAUAGAUGAUGGGUACCUCAAUGGAGUUCUCUCUUUGUCAAGGGCUCUAGGCGACUGGGACAUGAAACUUCCUAGGGGCUCUCCAUCACCUUUAAUUGCAGAGCCAGAAUUUAGGCAGGUCGUUUUGACUCAGGAUGAUGAGUUUCUAAUCAUUGGCUGCGAUGGUAUAUGGGAUGUAAUGUCAAGCCAGCAUGCAGUUAGUGUAGUGCGCCGAGGACUCCGUCGCCAUGAUGAUCCUGAGCGCUGUGCUCGGGAGCUUGUCAUGGAGGCUUUGAGGCUCAAUACUUUUGACAACCUGACAGUAAUUGUUGUUUGCUUUACUUAUGAGCAUCGUGAUUCUUCAUCAUUGCCAGAGCAGCUGCGAUCACAUCAGCUACCACCUCCACGGUUGAGAUACUGCAGCUUGUCAACAGAAGCCCUAUGCAAUCUGAGGAGCUGGCUAGACAAGAAUGAUGACAGGAGAUAGAAAUUAAUCUAGCAGCCUCAAGAAGAACUGGUGCAUAUAGAUUUCAAGAGAUGGAUAGCGCCUUGAUUAUGAUGAAAAUAAGAUCGAUUCUAUAUUUUUAUUCAUUUGAGCUGCCCCAGAACCAGUAAUCAGUAAUCCAUUUUGGUAGCUUCCGGCAGUUUGCAGCAAUGCGUUUGUUUAUGUUCUUUUAUAAUUAUUGUUAUUAGUGUUUGUAUAUAUCUUUGUGAAAUGAUUAGGAAGGCUUAUAAUUAAUGGCUGGUGUGUUAUUAUUCAGGAUUAUUAUUGACAUUGAACUACUGAUUUGAUUUGAUCCCUUAUUUGCAGA